UGUGUGGCGCGAGUCAGCCCUGUGGAAGUGCAACACACGACGCGGCGGCCGUGCGAGAGAGAGAUUGUGGACGCCGCGCACGAGAGUCGAGUCGGGUGAGUGGUUCUUCUCGCGGACGAAACCCGACUCUCGAGGUGCGGUGGUGUUCUCUCCGCGCGCGCGGACGAACGAACGAACGGUCGGUCGGUCGGGGUAAUUUCCGGGCCCCCCUAGCCUUCUCGUUCGCGGCAGCGUAGCGCGGCUCGGCGCGAGAGAGUCGCCGACAGUAAAAUGGCGGGCCGUGUCGGCCUCGGUGCUACGAGCGACGGCAGCGGCGGCCGCCGCCGACGUUGCUAAUCGCUCGAUCCUCGGCGCGGGUGGGACACGUGCGGGCUCGACGAGUCCCCGCGGAUCCGCCGAACGUACGGCGCCGCGCGGUACAGCGGAUUUUCCCGCCCUUCCCGGCUGCUGUGCGUGCUGUGCGUGCGUUUUCAUACGCAUACACGUACGCAUACAACGACGCUCGCACGCACGUAUUACUCUCUACGCGUUCACGCACGCACGCACGCACGCACGCCGUUCGUUCGUUCGUUCGUUCGGAUAGCGUGUUAUUGCAAGACGGAACAGACGGCGAGCCGCCGAACGUUUCAUAAAUCUGAGUGGUGUGUGAAUAACAGUUUAACGGCGCAAGCACGCACGUAAUAAUUCGGAUUCCGGCCUUCCGAAGGAGAGUAGGAGACAGACAGAGAGCGAGAAAGAAAGAGAGAUACACAGGUAGCGAAACCCCCGCAGGCGGGAGGGAGGGAGGGAGGAAAAAGAGAGAGAGAGAGAGAGAGACACAAAGCGGCGUGAGCAGAGGACGGAGAUAGGGCAAUAGAAAGAGAGAAAACCCCCCUCCUUCCCGAGGGAGACAGAGAGGCAGACGGGCAGAGGACGCACUGGCGGCAGACGGGAACGCGAAAGUUUUAGCAGUAGUGGGUUGACGGUGGACAAACAAACACGAUGGAGUGACUACGCUGUGUGAGGUGUUGACCGUACCAUUCAGCUGACGAGAGAGACGCGAGCCAGCGAGGAAGAGAGAGAAAGAGACGGAGUGAUUCCGCGAGGGAUCUACCGGAGUAGUGGAGAGAGAGAGAGACAGCGUGAGCAACGAAGAGACGGUGAUAAUUAGAUAGAGGGAGAGAGAGAGAGGUGCGAGUGCCGCGCGAUCGGCGGCGGCGGCGACCGCCGGAUUGUAACACACGUUGCGGAGGACGACGAAGUCUUGAUGCCGAUGCCGGCCGAAUACCACGAGGGCCACGGUAACCACGAGAACGCCAAUUUCGCUCUUGGCUCCACGCAGGACGCCAAUAAUAUGACAGCAAACAUGUACCGAGUGGGAGAUUACGUAUAUUUUGAGACCACCACCUCGUCGCCGUAUCAGAUUAGGAGGAUAGAAGAAUUAAAUAAGACCGCGAACGGGAAUGUCGAGGCAAAAGUCAUGUGCUUCUUCAGGCGGAGGGAUUUGCCGCCUACCUUAGUUAUGCUGGCGGACAAGCAUCAAUUGGCAAGCGCGGAGCAGCAGAGGUCAGAAUCCCCUGCGAGUACACAGAAUCAGAAACUCGAGAAUCCCGACACUGCUAAGGAAAUGACUAAUAAAGAUGGUAUCGGGCCCAAAGUGAUGAUCAAAGGGGGCGGGAAAGGGGGCUGGCUGAAGGCCCCAUUAUCGGAGGCCCAAGAGCCCCAUGGGAUGGAAGAAGGUGUUCCUGGAGGUGUAACGGAAUUAAGUUCUAAACAACGUCACCAAAUGAAACACAGGGAGUUGUUUUUAUCGCGACAAGUGGAGACUAUGCCCGCCACGCACAUUAGGGGCAAAUGUUGCGUUACUUUACUGAACGAAACCGAAUCCUUGACGAGUUAUCUGAAUAAAGAGGAUUCAUUUUUUUACUGCUUAGUAUUUGAUCCUGCUCAGCGCACUUUGCUUGCUGACAAAGGCGAAAUUAGAGUGGGUAGUAGAUAUCAGGCAACAGAUAUACCGGCGGUAUUGACACACGCCGAGAGAGAUGCGGAUACUCGCAAGCUACAGGACUUGGAGACUUUAAUAUGGACUCCGAGGCACAAUAUGACAGAUCGUCAGAUCGAUCAAUUCCUCGUCGUAAGCAGAUCAGUAGGCACCUUUGCGAGAGCCUUAGACUGUUCGUCCUCCAUUAAGCAGCCCUCCCUGCAUAUGUCCGCAGCUGCUGCAUCUAGAGACAUUACCCUGUUCCACGCGAUGGACACAUUACACCUGCAUGCCUAUGACUUAUCGAAUGCCUUAGCGUCUCUAGUACCUAGUACCGGUCCUGUAUUGUGCCGAGACGAGAUGGAAGAAUGGAGCGCGUCCGAGGCGAACCUGUUCGAAGAGGCGCUCGAGAAAUACGGGAAGGACUUCGCGGAUAUACGAGCGGACUUUUUACCGUGGAAAACAUUGAAGAACGUAAUCGAGUAUUAUUACAUGUGGAAAACGACGGAUCGGUAUGUCCAGCAGAAGAGAGUGAAGGCUGUGGAGGCGGAGAGUAAGCUGAAGCAAGUUUAUAUACCAAAUUACAAUAAGACUCCCGCGUCGACAACCGCUCCUUCCACCGCCACGAUUGUACCUCUGGGCAACAGUAAUAGCAACAGUAACGGAAAGCCGACCAGCGUUUUGAACGGUAACAGUAACGGCAGCAUGGUGGGCGACAAUUCCGGAAUACUUAUGGUCGGAGUCGGUGGGAAGCCGUGCGAGAGUUGUCAGGUCGUCCAGAGUCCACAGUGGUACGCUUGGGGACCCUCUCACAUGCAGUACCGUCUCUGUCAACCCUGUUGGACGUAUUGGAAGAAGUACGGAGGGCUCAAGGUGCCGUCGCGCAUAGACGACGUCGAUCUCGAGAGGAAACGCGCCGGCGCCGGUUCGGAUGAGGAGAGCAAGGGGAUGGGCGGCGCGCACAGGCCGCAUCGAUGCAGCAUUCCCACCUGCGGCAAGGAGUUCAAACUGAAGGCUCACCUGAGCCGUCACUACGCGAGCGCGCACGGAGUGGAUCUGCGCGGCGCCGCCGGAAGCGGCGGCGGCGGCGGCGGAUCACCACGGCCGGUCAUGAAGACCCGGUCCGCGUUUUACCUGCGCACCUCCUUGCUGGCGCGCGCCGCGCGACGUCUGUGCGCCGCGCAGUUGCGCACACGCCACGCCGCGCGGGCGCCCCAUCAGCCGGUGAAUGCCGCGCCGUUGCGGCACCUAUGCGCCCAGCUGGCAUCCAAAACUCCAACGGAACUGCGUAUCCUUGCACGCGCCGUACGGCCUCGGCCGCGUCCCCAAGUGAUCGACAUCGCCUCGCGCCUAGGCGAUCAUCCGUCACCCCGGCAGCCCGGCGACUGGGACUGGCUGACACUAACUGCCCCGGCGCAGCGCAAGCAACCCGACCGAGUCUCAUUUCCACGUCCACCAAAGGCACCGGAUGGCAGUCUUUUGUACGAGAGAGUACCAAACAAACCUGAGGUGGACAGGCUCACAUUGACACCACCCCAGCCGCAGCCUGUUAUGUCGACUCAACAAAAUAUCUUGAAACGCCCAAGACCGUUCGACGAAAUCAAUGGUUCAGACGGUAUUGCCCUGAACGCAGGACUUCCUUCUGCCGGACCGCCAACGAAAAGGCAUCACUCGCAGCAACUACACCCGAAGCACACGCUGGAGCAUCCCCCGCCCGCAGUUCUUCCUCUCGCGCCGCCUCUUAACGGCAGGGCCUCUCAUCCACAUUCUCUGCCUCACGGUCCGCCGCUGUCCAGAAGUAACGCGCGUAAGCAAGUUAUGUCGUGGAUGGACGCACCGGAUGAUGUCUACUUCCGCGCAACCGAACAGAUCAAAAGAGCCAGAAGAAACCUGGCCUCGAUGGAAUUGCGAAGAGCGGCGCGCAAACCGUGGCGCAGAAUGUCGCUCCCCCUGAAUCCGCUUCACCUCCAAAGAGCAGGUCGCCAAGACGAUAUGGUCGUCAUCUUGGAUUGAAUUCGCACAUUCGGGACAAACACAAUCGGACAUUGUAUGUCGGUUUGCUAAUCGCGAAGCAUGACGCUGUAACGCAAUUUUUAAGCAAGUGAAGGUCACAGUUUCGUGUAUUAUCAUCGGCAGCUCCGAUGGAUUGUGUAACAGUCGCUAACUUUCGAUCUGGAAGACCCCGGAAAGCUCCUCCAUGACGGGAUUUCCUUUUUUUUUUUCUCAUGAAAAAACCGAGCAGAUCCGAGUGGUAAGAGAAAAAGGCCUCGCUUGACCGAAUAUGCUUGUUGAACAAUCGGAGAACAUCGCAUACUGAACUGUAACGACUUCACUAUUACUACUGAAGAAUUAAAUGUCCGCGAACUAAGUCAUUCAACGGAUUUUUUUAUUCGUAUUAUUGUUGUUAUUAAUAAUAAUUAUUAUUAAUAAUUGAAUGUACAUAUACAUUAUACUACACAGCCACACGCAACCCACACACACACACGCACACAUCCAACUCAUGCAACAGCAUAUACACACAUGAUACACAUACACGCGAUACACACAACACACGCAUCUCUCAACUUACACUUAAUAUAUACAUGGACAUGUAAGUACCGAAAAGCGAUUCGGUACGAAUUUAAUAGCGAUAAAAAAAAUAUUGGCCGAUAUCUGCGGAUAAGCAUGAAUAAGCUGUUCACAGAAAACACAACGAUGGUGCAACUUUCGAAUAACAUGUGGAACAAGGUAUACUUCUGAGUAUAAUAUACUAUUAUAAUAUGCAUUGUUAUAAUAUUAUAAUAUGCAUUGGUAUAAUAUUAUAAUAUGCAAUACUUCGAAUAUACUUCGAGAUCUGUACCGGUAUGUUUUUCAGAACGUUAUUCAAGUGUUGUAUUUUCUGAACGCAAUCACAAUGUUACGGCCAUGCGAAUGAGAACAGAGACGAAUGCGUUUGGUAGCGAAUGUGCGUAAGAGAGAAAAGGAGUAAGCGAGAGAGAGAGAGAGAGAGAGAAAGUGAGCGCGCGAGAGAGAAUACGUAACCGAAUGAGAGAAUGUGUAUUGUCGAAUGACAGCGAAUAUAUGAAUUAGUACGUAUGGGCGUAAGAAGCGAUGCAUUGUGAAUAUUUUUAUUAAUUAAAAUUUUCAAGUUUGAUGA